AUGGCGGACUCGGACCUGCUAACCCCCCCGGGUGCCCCUUUCCUGCGAAACAACCUCCCUCCUCAGAACAUGCCGCCUCAGGCCCCCCGCCAUGCCGGUCUGCCUCAGGGUCAGCGGCCGCAGCAAAUGCAGCAACAGCUCCCGCCUCCGAGCAGCCGCGCACCGAACAAUGGUCUGCCGGUCAUUACUAACCCGCAGCAGCUUCUGCACCUGACUGAAGAGCAGCGCAAUGCUUAUUUGGUUGAGGACGCGAAGCGGGCCAAGCGCAACCACAAGAUUGCCCUCCUCUCCAGAGGAAACGGCUUGAUGACGCCCCAGGACAAGAACUUUAUCACACGAAUCCAGCUGCAGCAAUUGGUGGCUGCGGCCGGUAACGUGGCAGACGCCGAUCCCGAGGCUGUGUUGGCCGAGGACUUCUACUACCAGGUCUACAGCCAGAUUCGUGGCGCGCCCCGUCAGCAUCCCCACCAGCCUCUUGGCCACUUUGCCCAGACCUAUCUGCUCCAGACCGGAAACCGUCUCGGUGGGAACCGACACCGAAACACUUUGCAGGGCGCAGACAAUCAUAUGCAGCGGAUGCAGCAGCAAGUGCAGCGUGCUGUUGAGGCUGCCAAAGCCAAGCCUAAGAACAAGCAACUGAUCAUUGAGGGAAGUUUGGGCAAGAUCUCUUUUAGCAACGCCAAGGCGCCCAAGCCUAUGCUCAACAUCAAGCGUCCCGAUAGCUCGGAGGGACCUCGUCCUAAGAGGGUGCAAUCGGAGCUUAGUUUGAGCGACCGCAAAUCCAUUCUCACCAAUAUCGAGCGUGUUUAUAGCGCUUUGAUGUCUAUGGAGGACAUGGAGCGCACAAUGCCGCCGCCACCGGAAGAGGGUGAUGCAGAAGCGAUCCAGAAGCAUAUGGAAUGGCGCCAGGAACUCCACGGACUCAACCAGAAGCUCUGGAAAGCACUGAAGGUUAUGGAGCCUAUUGUGCCCAACUCCACUACCCCUCACCCCUUCAUCGCCUUCCUUUCCCACGCCAAGGGCAAGAAGGCCAUUCCCCGCAUCUUCCGUCACAUCGACCAGGAGCAGCGCGUGACUAUCCUAACCAUGAUCGUCGUGCAUCUGGACAGCUUGGACGUGGUGCGCCUGGCACAGGCUAUGCCCGGUGAGGCCCAGCCCUCCAUGGCUGUGCGCGAAGCCAUUGACCUAUUCUCGCUGGCCGUCAUGCCGAGCUUGCUCCAGUAUGUCAAUGAGGCACCCUUUAAUAUUAUCAUCGGUCUCCUGGGCCUGGUCAUCGCGCAGACCCACGUGCAGAGCGUGGCUCGCACCAAGGUCGGCCUGGGCAUCCUGACCAUGCUCCUGAGUCGUGCGGAGCUGGUCAAGGAAGCUGGCCAGGCCCCCGAGCGGGACUGGCAGCAGUGGGUUGAAAAGUUCAACGUCCUCUUCGACACCCUAGAGCCCGUGCUUGCCGACAUCUUCCCGGGCUCGAUCAACUCGGGCGACGACAUGUACGUCUGGCAGUUCCUUGCCGCCGUGGGUAUUGGUGCCAGCCCCGAGCAGCAGCAGCGUCUGGUUAUUGCUGUGAAGGAUCGCGUCAUGGAAACCGUGGGCUAUAGCAAGAGCCUUCCUGCAGACAUGUCCAGUCUGCGACUGGGCAACGUCAACCUGUUUAUGCGGGCCAUCGGAUUGGACGUGGAGCUUCUUGGUUAA